AAAGUUUAGAUCCUGAAGAAUUUCGGGUGGCGGAGAAAAAACGUGAAGAAAUGAUAAAAUCUGGAAUUUCAUUUGUAGAAAAACCGGGAUUCGAACAUCCAAAGUCCGUUUAUUCUAGUAGAACAUUGGAUUAUCUAAUUAAGAAUUCAAAGGUCAUUUUAUAUAAUUUAUCCAAUACCAGAGAAAUGUCAAAGCAUAAUUACAGUAACGUUUCGGAAACUCUCUGUGAGACAAAACGUGAAGCUGAAGAAACUGAUGAUUUCCAUGAGAUAGUAGAUG